AAGAAAAAAAAAAAGACUGCGCUGCUUUGAAAAUGAUGCAAAAACUGCAGAUGUAUGUAUAUAUUUGCCUCUUCAUGUUGAUUGUUGCUGGCCCAGUGGAUCUCAAUGAGGGCAGCGAGCGGGAGGAGGGUGUGGAGCGAGAGGGGCUGUGCAAUGCGUGCGUCUGGAGACAAAACACGAGGGACUCCAGAAUAGAAGCCAUCAAGAUCCAGAUCCUCAGCAAACUCCGCCUGGAAACGGCUCCUAACAUCAGCAAAGAUGCUAUCAGGCAACUUCUGCCCCGCGCUCCUCCGCUCCGGGAGCUGAUCGAUCAGUACGACGUGCAGAGGGACGAUAGCAGCGACGGGGCUUUGGAAGACGACGAUUACCACGCUACCACGGAGACCAUCAUUACUAUGCCUACAGCGUCUGAUUUUCUAAUGCAAGUGGAUGGAAAACCCAAAUGUUGCUUUUUUAAAUUUAGCUCUAAAAUCCAGUACAACAAAGUAGUGAAAGCCCAGCUGUGGAUCCAUCUGAGACCCGUGAAGACCCCCACGACAGUGUUUGUGCAGAUCCUGAGACUCAUCAAACCCAUGAAAGACGGUACGAGGUACACUGGAAUCCGAUCUCUGAAACUCGACAUGAGCCCAGGCGCUGGUAUUUGGCAGAGUAUUGAUGUGAAGACAGUGUUGCAAAACUGGCUCAAACAGCCUGAAUCCAACUUAGGCAUUGAACUCAAAGCUUUGGAUGAGAAUGGGCAAGAUCUGGCUGUAACCUUCCCAGGACCAGGGGAAGACGGGCUGAAUCCCUUCUUAGAGGUCAAAGUAACGGACACGCCCAAAAGGUCCCGACGAGACUUCGGUCUUGAUUGCGACGAACACUCCACCGAGUCCCGCUGCUGCCGCUACCCGCUCACGGUGGAUUUUGAAGCAUUCGGAUGGGACUGGAUCAUUGCGCCCAAGAGAUAUAAAGCCAAUUACUGCUCCGGAGAGUGUGAAUUUGUGUUUUUACAAAAAUAUCCCCAUACUCACCUUGUGCACCAAGCAAACCCCCGGGGCUCAGCGGGCCCUUGCUGCACACCCACCAAAAUGUCUCCUAUUAAUAUGCUAUAUUUUAAUGGCAAAGAACAAAUCAUAUACGGGAAAAUUCCAGCCAUGGUUGUAGAUCGCUGCGGGUGCUCGUGAGCUUCGCGGUAUGUCCAGGGCUUCCUAAGCCAUGGAAGGUCUUCCCCCUCAAUUUUGAAACUGUGAAAUUAUGUACCACAGGCUCUAGGCCUUGAGUAUGCGAUAGUAACUUAAGCACAAGCUACAGCGGAGGAACUAGAAGAGAGAAUGUUUGCAAUGGUAGCCACUUAACCAUCCCAAAUAAACCAUACAAUAGGACAUUUUAUGAUUUCCAGAGGUUCUGAGCUAGGAGGAGAUCAAAUCGCAUUUUUGUUCACAUAUAUAGAUCUCACAACUACAAUCUCGGCAGGCAAGAACACGGCGCUUCUUGUGGUCUGCCGAAUUAAAGGGGUAUGCUUUAAAGGUAAAGUCUUAUUUCUCAACAGUUUCAAUUAAUAUUCACGGAAAAAAAUCAUUAUGUAGCCUUUGGGAAGCGCAGGGCUGUUAUUCAUGUACACUGUUUAUUUGUAUCGUACCCUUGGUAUGCUAAGAUUCCACAGAACUGGAAUGGCGGCCUCUCCAAACGCCCCCAUUCCUAUUCUAAUUGGACAUGGUAUUACUAACCCAUGCCAGGGGCGCUAAAGCCAUGGGCGGAAUGGCUCCUACCAGGUUCCUCAAACAGAGCACACUCUGUAAGAUACGCCUCUCCCCAUAUCAAGCGCAUUGCCAUGCAGCUCUGAUUGGGGAUGCAUUUUCUUUAAAGAAGAUUUUUUUUUCUUUUUUUAGAGGUCAACUUUCAGUUCUCUAGCACAGUGGGAGAAACUUUGUCUUCAAAAGGCAGCCUCAGUGUCCAUUUCUAGCAUGCAUUCAAACUCCCGGUCUGCCUUCGUCACAUCGAAGUUUUGCGGCAAAAUCAUGGAAAUAAAUGACUGAUUCUAUCACUAUUGUAUAAAAGACUCUGAAACAAUCGCAUUUAUAUAAUAUGUAUACAACAUUGUUUUGUAAAUAAGCGUCUCCUUUUUUUUUAUUUACUUUGGUAUAUUUUUACACAAAUGAAAUUUCAAAUUAUUAAGGGACAAAGACACGUCACAUAUCACAGAAAAGUGAUGGCUUCUAUUUCAAAGAGAAUUAGCAGAUUCAAUAGUGGUCUCAAAAGUCCAUAUGCUAAGGUUAGAUGGUAAUAUUACAAUCAUUUUAUAUUUUUUUUACAAUAUCAAC